AUGAAUCAGUUGGUGUCAUUCCAAUAUCUUGUUCAUUUGCCAAUCUAUUCAUACGAAAGGCCGUAUUACAUCUUUAAUAAUGUUCCGGAAGGUACCCCAAGCGGGAACCUCAAAUCCGUGCAUGGUCCUGAGCAGCUUGUCGAAGAUGCACGUGGUUCGGAAAAGGACUUCGAUCUGGAUGUCCAAGGUUUCAUUUUCGAAAGCCGCCCUCUUCCACCGGAUAUAGAUUGGAAUAGCAAGGAGGCGAUUGAACAAAAAUAUAUCCCAAGUGUCAAGGCGGUGUUGAGAGACGUACUUGGCGAUGUACAACAUUGUGAAUCGUUUGACUGGAGAAUAAGACAUGCCGCGGCCGCGCAAGUUCUGAGGGAGCCGGAUCCCAAGACAAAUCCAGAUGCGCGAACGACAAGAAUUUCACCGGCUUUCAACGUUCACGUUGAUCAAACUCCACUGGGGGUCCUUGAUCGAAUGCGACAAAUUUACGGCCACGAGGCUGAUAGUUUAGCAGCGAUGUACCGUGUACGCCUUAUCAACAUCUGGCGCCCUCUUGUUGAGGUAGUCGAGGAUUUGCCACUUGCAUUAUGCGAUGCGCGUUCUGCAAGCUUAGAUGACUUGUUAGAAGUAUCGUUCGUAGAUCACGGAUACACUCGACAUAAUUUCAUGGCCAAACAUAGUCCCGACUUUCGUUUCUUCUAUUUAGGCAAAAUGCGGAGAGAAGAGGUCUGCGUCUUCAAAGUAUUUGACUCGCAAGAUAAUGUGGCAAAGAGGGUCCUUCACGGCGCUUUCGAAUCGAAACUGGCUUCACCUGGCUCAGCCCCUCGCGAAAGCAUCGAAGUUAGAUUACUGGUUCUCUCCGGUGGUUAA